AUGUUUGCCCUCGUGUUUGCUUCACGCAGAAAUAUUGCUAUACAGCCACCUCCUGUUGGCUGUGCUAAACCUAUGCGAGACCCUACAGUUAAACCACCUCCGUGUAAAAAAAAUGAUCACCUCUCCGUGCCAAAGGGUAAUCCUGACUACGCCGCUGAUAUCAUAUGUGUACAUAGCAGACACGGUAUACGGUAUAAUAUGGUGUCUCGGGGAAAAUUCGACGAAUGGGACGUUGGAUGUUCAGGUGGCGGAUCGAAUGGGACGAUUUCGGCGACGUAUAUAGUUGUGGGAUCGGCUGUGAGACGGUACGCGCACUAA